GUGGGCACAGGUGGGUGGCACUGGUGGGCACAGGUGGGUGGCGCUGGUGGGCACAGGUGGGUGGGCACAGGUGGGUGGCACUGCUGGGCACAUGUAGGUGGCACUGCUGGGCACAGGUGGGGGCACUGCUGGGCACAGGUGGGGGCACUGCUGGCACAGCUGAUCGGAACUUGCGGGGGUCACUGCUGGGCACCGAUCAUCAGGGCACUGAUCAUCAGUGCCCUGAUGAUCGGUGCCGAUCCCCGCUCUGACAACUGCCGGUUCUCGGCAGUACUUUCCUCACGAUCUGACAGCGUGAGGAAAGUGCAGCCGAGAACCGGCACUUGC